AAAUUUUUGCAAAUUCAGCAAAUUUUGGUAUCAGAUUACAUUUUUUGCUGAUGUCAACAAAAUUUUUGCAAAUUCAGCAAAUUUUGGUGUCAGAUUACAUUUUUUGCUGAUGUCAACAAAAUUUUUGCAAAUUCAGCAAUUUUUUUUAAUAUCAAAUUACAUUUUUUGCUGAUGUCAGCAAAAUUUUUGCUAAUUCAGCAAUUUUUUUUUGAUAUCAGAUUACAAUUUUUGCUGAUGUCAGCAAAAAUUUUUUUGUAUAAUCAGCAUUCCCCACUCUAUUUUACCUCCAAAAUGGCGGAUUUGUUUUCCUUAAGGCCUUAUAAAAGCUUUAGGGGCACUCAAAGUUAACAGUAAAGCUUCAUCGUGUGUAUAUUGUGUGUUUUUAAAAUAUGAGUUAUUUUGAAGCCUCUACUUCGGCAAAUGCCACCACUUCCGAAAAUAAAGUAAGUUUUUGAAAUUGAUUUUAAUUACUUUUAACAAUUUUUUAACAUUUUUUUAAAUCAAAUUUACUUCAAUAAAAUAUUUAUUAUUUUUUACUUUAGUCUAAUAUUUUUUUAUAUUUUAUAGCUGAAGAGGAAAAAUUUGUUAUCAUUAAAAAAAAGCCAACCUCCACCACCACUACGAAAAAACAUGAAAAUAGAUGUCUCAAUUAACGAGCCUCCACCACCACCGCAAGAGGGUCAAAUUAUUGAUCUGGUAACUCCUGCCUACGUAGGCACACCUGCGGGGCAGGAGGAAUUUGAAGAGCUCCUCUUAGCUGUAGGGGGAGACUGGGAGGAGCUCUUUAAAUUUGGAGAAGAAGUGGACCCUCACCCCAAAAUUGUUGUCCACUCGGACGAAUUAAUUAAACCGGCUGCGGCCACGGGCCGUAAAAACCUUAGCCUCCUAAGGAGGACGCAGGAGGAGGAAGAAAAUUUCUCCGACAUGGAGGAGGAGGCUGGGCUCGUGGCGCAACCGGUUGACCCGGAGAAAAUUGCGGAUAUAAGGAAUCAGUUCGAAGAGACGGCUGGGGGGAUGCGAGCAGAAAUUAGUGGUUUAAAACUUAAAAUAGAGGAGAAACUAAUGAUUUUGAAGCACAAUAGAUCAAAAGGUGAAAAACUCAUUAAAUCACUUCAAACAAAAAUUGAAUAUAUAAAAGAAACUCAGGAGGGGGUGAGUUUAAUAUUAAAAGCACAAAAGAAAGAAGAAGAAUAUUAUCAGAAUAUUUUAAAAAAUUUGUAAAUUACUUGUAAAUAUAAUUAGUUAUAGUUUGUAAAUAUUUUUAGUUAGUAAAUUGUAAAUUUGUAAAUAGGUAUAUAUUUUUGUUAGUUUAGUUUUUAUUUAUUAGGUAGGUAUUAGGUAUUACUGUUAGGAAUUAAUUUUUUAAUUUAUUUAAUAAAUAAUAGUUAGUA